UGAAGAAAACAAUGAUGUCACUCCUCUGCCGCUUUACCAGGCUGACCCUGCAGCUGUGCAGGCCAAAGCCAGCAGGUUGUUUCUGGAUGAAAUAUCUGCUGGAUCAGCAUCAGAUCAGACAGCAGCCACCGGGAGCUUCACCAUGCCUUUCUCCAGGUCAAUAUUAGGAAGCAGCAGAAUAUCCAGCCAGUCUACCAUAGAGUCCAUGAACGAGGAGAUUGAAGAUGCUUUCUCCAAACGGGACAUGAUCAUCAACUUCCCAGAUGUGCAGGGGAGGAGAGACAUUAUGAAAGAACAUGUGACAGAGGACAUGUUGAAAGAGGUCACAGAUGUCCUCAUCUCUGAGACAGGCAGCAUCUCUCUGUUGGACAUCCCCACCACCUUAGUAUCAGUGGAUUCUGAUGAUGCAGAAGCUAUCAUAGAGAGAAACAAUCAGUAUGCUGAGGUUUGCAAAAACAGAAUGGACAAUGAUAAGUAUGUGGAUCGAACAGCACAGACGUUGAAUGAAGCAACUAAAAACAAACAGGUCCAGAGUGACGCCAUGGUCAUGGUGGACACAGCCACGAAUGUUACCACCUGGGACAUGUAUGACACUUUGAUCAGCCCUGAGCAGGAUGAAAGGGUGAGCAGCCCUGAACUAGGGAGGGCUGACUAUCCAGAAGCUGCUGGAGACUCCAGCAGAGCUGCAGAGAGGAGCGCUUCAGUGGGCAGCACAGCCAGUACAGCCAGUGCAAAUAGCUCAUUGAAAGAAGUGGAAGCGUUUGGAAGCAGUUUAAACAGUGAGACAGACCUGCAGCUGAUCAUGCUGUCAGAGGAAUUCCAACACUGCUUACUGGCAAUGGAGAGGAGCAUCCUGGGAAAUACUUUCCAAACCAAACUGGCUGCUUACAGACAGCUGCCCGUAAUAGAAGAUCCAGACAGUGUGGUGAAGCCGUGGAUGGUGGAGCAGAGGGAGGAGGAUCCAGAGCGCCCCCGGUCUCCAGCUGUGGAGCUCCUCUGGGCUUUCAGCUGUGAGCUGAGCAGAGGACGCAGUGUCAACAGCAUGGCCUGGAACAAAAAGAACCCGGACCUCCUGGCUGUGGGCUAUGGUGAGCUUGGCUCCAGUAGCCACAAACAAGGCCUGGUGUGCUGCUGGUCUCUCAAAAAUCCCACGUGGCCCGAGCGUGUUAUCCACUGUGAAAGUGCUGUGACUUCCCUGGAUUUCUCCUCCAACAACCCCAGUCAGCUGGCUGUGGGCAUGCAAGAUGGCAGCAUCGCUAUCUUCAAUGUGAAGAGUCAAGACCAGUCAUGUGUCAUCAGCAGCAGUGAAUGUACCAACAAGCACUUGGAUCCAGUGUGGCAACUCAGGUGGAUCCAAGAAGAAUUGAGCUUAACAGGAGACAAGUUAGAGUUUCUGUUUUCAGUGGCUGCAGAUGGAAGGAUCAGCAAGUGGUUUGCCUGCAACAAUGGCCUCGACUGUAUAGACCUGAUGAAGCUCAGGAGGGUUCAUAAUACAAAGAAAGCUGGAGGAACCAAGACAGAGAACAAGUCUGAAAGCAUCGUGUCUGCUCUGACUCCUGGUCUGUGCUUUGACUUCCAUCCAACAGACUCCAGUGUCUACCUGGUUGGCACGUGGGAAGGUCUCAUUCACAAGUGCUCCACUUCCAAUACUCAGCAGUUCCUGGAGACUUACAGGAAGCACUUUUGUCCUGUGAACCUUAUUGCCUGGAAUCCACUCAGUCACAAUGUGUUCUUGAGCUGCUCCUCUGAUUGGACCAUCCAGCUGUGGAAGCAGGACUGCCAAACGCCCAUAUUAGGCUUCACCUCCAACCAGAGAGCAGUGUGCAGCAUCAAGUGGUCUCCAAAGUGGGCCACAGUGUUUGGGGCUGUCAAUGAGGGACAACUGGAGAUCUGGGACCUGAAUUCAAGCAUUUUGGACCCAGUCAUUGUGCAGCCUGCUGCCGCUGGUGUGAAGAUGUCCUCCCUGCUGUUUGCCACACAGACAGACUGUGUCCUUGUGGGAGACAGGGAUGGACAUGUGACUGUCUACCAACUCAAGAACCUCAGUGUGGGGGACAGCAGCCAGGUGGACAUUCUGGAGGACAUCAUCCAUUCUGCAGCUCACAGAAAGCUUUAAAAAAAAAAAAAAAAAACUCAGGCAGAUUUUGGUCUUUGUCUGCAGAAGAUGCAUCAGUACAAAGAAAAGUAUACAGAAGUCUAAAUAAUACAGUUUAAGUACAUUUUGGAAUAAGUCAAUACUAUAUAUUCACCUGUACCAUUGA